AUGGGACCGGCCAGUCAGCUAGAUACACGGACCGCCAGUCAGCUUAAUUUGUCAGCCUCAGGGAUCCACACGGACCGCAGUCAGCGAGACACGGGACCGUCAGUCAGCGUGGAUACACACGGGACCGCGCCCUCGAGAUACACGGGACCGUCAGUCAGCUCGCCCCUCCUUGAUGGGGGACCGUCAGUCAGCUCGAGAUACACGGGACCGUCAGUCAGCCUCCGAGAUGGGACAGUCAGUCAGGAUACACACGGACGUCAGCUGCACACGGACCCCCCCCGGGCCUCACCCGACGAACUGCAGCGCCCGGCCUCACCGACUCCGAACUGCAGCGCCCGGCCCCACCCGACUCGGAACUGCAGCGCCCGGCCCCACCCGACUCGAACUGCAGCGCCCGUCUCACCCGACUCGAAUCCGCAGCGCCCCGGCCCCACCCGGGCUCGAACUGCAGCGCCCGGCCCACCCGACUGGACCAGCGCCCCGGGCCCCACCCGACUCGAACUGCAGCGCCCGGCCUCACCCGACUCGAACUGCGCCCGGCCUCACCCGACUCGAACCAGCCCCGGGCCCCCACCCGACUCGAACUGCAGCCCCCGGGCCCCACCCGACUCGAACCGUGCCCCCGGGCCCCACCCGGACUCCGGAACUGCAGCCCCCGGGCCUCACUCCGACCCGGAAUCCGUAGCGCCCGGGCCUCACUCCGACCCGGGAACUCCAGCCCCCGGCCUCACCCGGACUCGGGACCGCAGCCCCCGCCUCACCCGACCCGGUCCGCAGCUCCCGGGCCUCACCCGACUCGAACCAGCCCUCUGGGCCCCACCCGACCCGAACUGCAGCCCCGGCCUCACCCGACUCGGGACUGCAGCCCCGGGCCUCUACCCGACUCGGGACCGCAGCGCCCGGCCUCACCCGGACUCGGAACUGCAGCGCCCGGGCCUCAACUCCGACUCGGACCAGCAGCGCCCGGGCCUCACCCGACUCGGAACUGCAGGCCCCCGGGCCUCACCCGGACUCGGGAACCGUAGCCCCCGUCCACCCGGCCCGAACCAGCCCCUUCGGCCUCACCCGACCUGGAACCGCAGCCCCGCCUCACCCGACUCGGGACCAGGCGCCCCCGGCCUCACCCGACCCGAACUGCAGCGCCCGGGCCUCACUCCGACUCAACUGCAGCGCCCGGCCUCAACCCGACUCGACCAGCAGCGCCCGGGCUCCCCACCCGACUCGGGAACCGCAGCGCCCCGCCCUCACCCGGGACUCGAACUGCAGCGCCCGGGCCUCACUCCGGACGCGGUCCGGCAGCGCCCGGCCUCACCCGACUCGAACCGGCAGCGCCCCGGCCUCACCCGAUUCGAACUGCAGCGCCCGGCCCCACCCGACCAAUCCGCAGCCCCGUGUCCCACCCGGCACGAACUGCAGCCCCGGCCCACCCGACUCCGACCAGAGCCCCCUGGCCUCACCCGACUCGAACUGCAGCCUCCCCGGGCCUCGACCCGACUCGAACUGGGCAGCGCCCGGCCUCACCCGACCCCCGCCGGGACCACAGCCCCCGGCUCCCACCCGACUCGAACUGCAGCGCCCGGCCUCACCCGGACGCCGGGAACCGCGCCCGGCCUCAAUCUCGACUGGACCAGCGCCCGCCUCACUCCGACUCAACUGCAGCGCCCGCCUCACCCCGACCCGGGAACUGCAGCCCCGGGCCUCACUCCGACCCGGACCGCAGCGCCCGGCCUCACCCGGACCUCGAACUGCAGCCCCCGUCUCACCCGGACUCGAACUGCAGCGCCCGGGCCUCACCCGACUCCGGGACCGCAGCGCCCCGGCCUCACCCGACUCGAACUGCAGCCCCGGCCUCGACCCGACUCCGAACCCGAGCCCCCCGCCCCACCCGACUCGAACUGCAGCGCCUGCCCACUCCGACUCGGGACCACAGCCCCGGGCCUCACCCACUCGAACCAGCCCCCGGGCCUCACCCGACUUCCGAACUGCAGCCCCCGGGCCUCACCCCGACUCCGAACCAGCCCCGGGCCUCACCCGACUCCGGACUGCAGCCCCCGUCCCCACCCGACCGAAUCCAGCCCCCGGGCCUCGACCCGACCUCGGAACUGUAGCCCCGGCCUCACCCGACUCGAACUGCAGCGCCCCGGCCUCACUCCGACUCGAACUGGGCAGCCCCCGGCCCCACCCGACUCGAACUGCAGCCCCGGGCCCCACCCGACUCGAACGCGCAGCCCCGGCCUCGACCCGACUCCGGAACCGCAGCCCCCGCCCCACCCGACUCGAACUGCAGCCCCGGGCCUCACCCGACUCCGAAUCCGCAGCGCCCGGGCCUCACCCGACUCGGGAACCGCAGCGCCCGGGCCUCACCCGACUCGAACUGCAGCGCCCGGCCCCACCCGAUUCCGACCUGCAGCGCCCGGCCUCACCCGACUCGAACUGGGCAGCCCCCGGCCUCGACCCGACUCGAACUGGGAGGGACCACCCACGGUUAGUCUCUAA